UUGAAUAAAAUUCGUAUUAUAUCCUUAAAGUUUUUUUCUGUCAUGCUUAAAUUUUAAUAAAUUUAAAAUUUUUCUUCUGGGAAUUUGCCCGCUUAAAUGUCGGGACUUUCCAAUAGUUGUCGUUUAUGGCAUGGUAUCCUAAAAAAAAACCAACCGCAGACAUGUGCGAAAAGUUGCUUUGAACCGACUGGUCAACCAUGUGCCGAUGACAAGAACCGAACCGUUGGACAUGUCCGCAAUUUCUUGGAGCCUGAAUCGCCUGUGCGUCGUCUAAUAGAUAUAAAGAAAGAGUGCUCGCCGGAUUAUCGCAAACUAGAGAAAACUUGCAAUCUUAAUGCUCUGGCCAGUAAUCGUCAUCCACCCAAUUUGUGCUCCUCGAAAUGCAGACCGCUUAGUACGAGUCUGCAUUUAAAAGAGCUCAGACAAAGACCUCCGCUAAGGCGCGAUUAUAAGCAUUGGUGUCUGUUGAGUGAUGGAACUGAAGUUGGUCGAAUAUUUCCCAUGAAAUUUCGUAUACGCAGACUGAGCACCGAUUGUUCUGAUUGUAACAAGGAGCUACGACUGCGCGAAACUGUAACGGGAAAUAACGACGUAGUACUACUUUCCAAUUGCUGUGAUGUUGAAAUAUAUCCAGAGAAGAAAAUGGUUAACUGGCACGUCGUGCCGGUUAAAAUGAUAACUGACAAAGAGAAGAUCGCCAAACAAGAAAUCUGUGUAACUUAUCCACCACCGGUCAAGAAAAUUGAAUUUAUGCCGGUAAAAGGAGUAAAGAUUGCUAACCAAGUUCGUAAGAUAAAUAAAAAGAAGAAAAGGAAGAAAGGCAAGAAGGGAACGAAAGGCAAGAAAGGGGGCAAGAAGAAAAAGAAAUAGAGAAUAUACUACCAGUGAAGAAAAAUGCUUUAAAGGAUAUUUCAAAAAGCAAUUGAUAAUAUUCUUAAAGUGGAUUUCUUCAAAAAGUAUUUCAAAUUUCCAUUAGAACCCUCUGGAUUACAGAUGGAUUCACUUGGAGAAAUUUUUGAUAUUUUUUGGAGUAGUUCAUAAAAUAGAAUGUAAUCUAAUUAUAAAUAUAUUAGUAUGUUUGAAAUUACCCCCACUUUAUACACAGAUCAAUAUCCCUAUUCAAUUUCCUAAUACUCAUAUAUGUAUGUUAAUUGCAACUCUGUAUGUUCAAUAAACUCCUCGCACAA